AACUUCGAAGUCAGUCUGAACCUUCUUCGACUUCGAGCAACAUGAACGCAAAGGUAUUGUCCCUUCUGGUGGUGUUGGUGGCCGCCGUGAGCGCUGACAGACGGCCAUAUGCUUACGGGGGGGGAUCCUCAGAGGAGUCCUUCGAGUCCUCCGAGGCCAAAUACGACUUCCAAUGGGCGGUGAGAGACGACUCCUCCGGCAACGACUUCGGCCACCAGGAGAACCGCGACGGAGACCACACCCAGGGAUCCUACUACGUGCAGCUCCCCGACGGUCGCCUGCAGAAGGUCUCCUACUUCGUGGACGGCGACUCUGGAUACGUCGCCGAGGUCAGCUACGAAGGCCAGGCACGUUACCCUGAUUCCUACGAGUCCUUCGAAUCCUUUGAGUCCCGUGAGUCCCCCCGCUACGCCCCUCCCCGCCCCAGCUACGGUUAAGGACGUGAGACUGUGGAGGUCCCGAUGUAGUCCUGCCUAACGCCGCUUCCUAUACGCCGUUCCGUCCCUUCCUUCCUUCCCUGCCCUUCCCUUUAGCUGUAUAGACACAUGUUUUUAUUUUCUAUUUAUUCCGUCCCUUCCUUCCUUCCCUGUCCUUCCC